AUCCAUUAAAGCGCGGACACGCAUAGAAAAACCACCGCCCGCCCUUCCCGCAGUACAUAAAAACAAGACCGCUGCGGUACCCUCAACGACGAACUACUACCCUUAUCGCUCUGGACCAGAGCUUGCUACGUGUUAGAGAAGCGAAGAGACGUCUAGCCUCCAGUUGUCGUUGUCGUCAUGGUCGGCGCGGAGGGGAAGUCGAUGCUAGGGGAGGCAGCGGAGAAGCUGGGGUUCAAGGCCAGGGAGGAGAGGGGCGUGGGAGCGCAGCAGGCUGCUGAUGCUGGGGCGGCGAAGGAGGAGGAUGUCCCGGCUGUUGCGGCGCUGAGGAAUAGGGCCGCGGAGAGUAGGAGUCCUUAUGUGCGUGGGCAUAUGAAUAAUCCCGUCGCGUGGCAGCUUUUUGGGGAUGAGGCGAUUAAGUUGGCGAAGAGGGAGAAUAAAUUGCUGUUUAUUAGUAUUGGGUAUAGCGCUUGCCAUUGGUGCCACGUAAUGGAGAAAGAAUCCUUCGAGAACGACGAGGUCGCCGCCAUCCUCAACAAGGACUUCAUCCCCAUCAAGAUCGACCGCGAGGAGCGCCCGGACAUCGACCGCAUCUACAUGAACUUUGUGCAGGCCACCACCGGGUCCGGCGGCUGGCCGCUCAACGUCUUCGUGACGCCGACUCUCGAGCCGGUGUUUGGAGGCACGUACUGGCACGGCCCGCACUCCAACACCCCGCAGCUCGAGCUCGAGGACCACGUUGAUUUCCUCCGUAUCCUCGGCAAGCUGUCCCAGGCGUGGCGCGAGCAGGAGUCGAGAUGCCGUCUUGAUUCCGCGCAGAUCCUGCAGCAGCUCAAAGUCUUCGCCGCAGAAGGCACGCUCGGCGGCGCUCCCAAAACGGGUGCCGAGCCACCAGCGGGGGGAUUAGAUCUCGAUAUCAUCGACGAGGCCUACCAGCACCUCGUCUCAACCUUCGACACCACCAACUCCGGCUUCAGCGCCGCCCCCAAGUUUCCCACCCCCAGCAAACUCGCCUUCCUCCUCCGCCUCCCCCACUUCCCGCAACCGGUCCUCGAUGUCGUGGGCGCCGAGGAAGUCAAAUCCGCACAAUUCAUGGCCCUCUCCACCCUGCGCGCCAUGGCGCGGGGCGGGAUCCACGACCACAUCGGCCACGGCUUCUCGCGCUACAGCGUCACAGCCGACUGGUCGCUUCCGCACUUUGAGAAGAUGCUCUACGACAACGCGCAGCUCCUCAGCCUGUACCUCGACGCCUUUCUCGGGCUACCGAAACCAGAUCCGGAGCUGCUGGGCGUCGUAUACGACCUCGCGGCCUACCUCCUUUCCCCCCCCAUCGCGGCACCGGGGGGUGGUUUCUACUCCUCCCAGGACGCGGAUUCGUUUUAUCGCAAGGGUGACAAGGAGACGCGCGAGGGGGCGUACUACGUCUGGACCGCGCGGGAGCUGGAAACCCUCCUCCCCGCCGGCGCAUACGACAUCGUCGCGGCCUUCUUCGGCGUCAACCCCGACGGCAACGUCGCGCCGUCCCACGACGUCCACGACGAGUUCAUCAACCAGAACGUCCUCCGCAUCGCCUCUACCCCCUCCCAACUCGCGUCGCAAUUCGGGAUCGCCGAGUCCGAGGUCGUCGAGACUAUCAAAUCCGCUAAACGCACCCUCCUCGCCCACCGCGAAGCCGAGCGCGUCGUCCCGAACCUCGAUGAUAAGAUUGUCUGCGCCUGGAACGGGAUAGCGAUUGGAGCGCUGGCGCGCACGGGUGCGUCGCUGAGGGAGGUGGAUGCGCAGAUGUCGGAGAGGUGUCUGGAUGCUGCGAUUAGGGCGGCCAGGUUCAUGAGGAGGGAGAUGUAUGAUGAGGACGCCAAGACACUGAGGAGGGUGUGGCGUGGGGGCCCGGGGGAGACGGCGGGGUUUGCGGAUGAUUAUGCGUUUUUGGUGGAGGGGCUGCUGGAGCUCUACGAGGCGACGUUUGCGGAUGAGUGGGUGAGGUGGGCUGAUGAGCUGCAGGCAACCCAAAACUCACACUUCCUCGACCCCACCGCCUCGGGCUUCUUCGCCACCGCCGCUGCGGCUCCACACACCAUCCUCCGCCUCAAAGACGGCAUGGACGCCUCCGAGCCCUCCACCAACGGUGUCUCAGCCUCCAACCUGUUCCGGCUCGCCAGCCUGCUGGGGGACGAUAAGUACGAGGCCCUCGCUAAGGAGACGGUGGGGGCCUUCGAGGCGGAGAUCAUGCAGUAUCCGUGGUUGUUUGGCAGUUUUAUGCCUAGUGUUGUGGCGGGGCUGACGGGGGUUAGGGGGGUUGUGAGGGUGGGUGCUAAGGAGCCGCUUGUGGAGGGUGUGAGGGUACCGGGUGAUGGUGCUGCUGCUGCUGCGACUGCGGACGAGGCGGCUGUGACUGCGGUGGAUGGUACGGGGGUUGAUGUUCCUGCGGUUGGUACCGGGGUUCCUGUUCCUGAGGCGGUUGGUGCUGAGACAGCUACUAUUCCCGCUGCCGUCGUCGCUGGUGCGGAUGCUUCCACGACCGGUGUCACGACCGGUGUCACGACCGCUGUAGCGGAUGCUGUGAUGGACGCCUCCACGAACGCUUCCGCGACCACAGCUCCCACAGCCUCUCCCCUCCGCACGACCAUCCCACCAACAGACAAACAACCCUUCCACCCCAUCGCCCUCGACACCACCCCUAGCGGCGGCCUCGUCGAAGCCGGCGAGACGCCACACCCGUCCUCUAAAACUGGGACGAAACUGCCGCCGUGGCCGCGGCCAAGGGCGAAGGGCGGGAUUGAAACGGUGAGCUUUGUUGGGGGGGGUAUGGGGGGUGGAUUGGGGUGA